CUUCCUCUGCAUUUGUUGGCGCUCCCUGCACCAAGACAAAGCGCAGGCCGUCGAAAUGGCCUUGGGUUCUGGCGCGGGCGCCCGGCAGAGGAGGAGAGAGAGGGAAUUGCGGCUUUUGGCCCAGUUUGCAAUGUUUGGUUUGUUGGAAGGGAAGACGCCAGGGAAAACGCACGCAAAUGCGCACACACUGUUGAAGAGGCCAGAUUGGUACGUGAAGUACUUGCGACGGCGCAUGAAGGGAAGGACCCAGCAAAGACAAGCGGAAACAAAGGAGGGGAGUUCCAUUCUUGUAUAUUGUAUAAUAUGCGUUGCGUGUGUGUGUGUGUGUGUGUGACUAUUUGUCUAUUUCAACUGAACAUGUGACAUGAAAAUGCGAUCAAUUUUGAAUGAGAAGCGCGUGUUGAAUGUAUACUUUGGAUAAUUUGGAACUUUUUUUGCUGUAUUUGCUCAACUCAUGUCAUUUGAUGUGAACCAGCUGACCCCAUGUCCAUACAUGCUCACACUGCGCAAGUAGGAGCCAACUCUUUUUUCCAAAAAUUACAAUUCCAAGUAGGAUGCUGCUCGACCCGCGCCCUUCGAACCCGCGCGGUUAGACCUGCGCUCUGGCGCUCUCAGACUGGGAGACUUGCAAGUGGGUCACCGAUGAAGAGUCGCUCUUCCAAAUGUUUGCGGACUUGCAGUUUUGGAGGCUACAGCUAAAAGAGCUGCUCACUCCAUGGGCUCCCCCACAGCUUUUGGCCUGCCACGUGGCCACACGGUGCAAACAGCUGGAUGAACAGCAGAACGCCUUGAUGGAGGACAACCGCCGGAACUUGGCGGAGAUCAACCGUUUGAGGCAGCAAGUGAGCCAGUUGCAUUCCAAGCUUGAGGUGGCCGACAACCGCUCUGUGCAUGGACUGCAGAAGCAGGCGGAGGUGCUGGAGAAGCUCAGGAGACCGCAGUGCUGGUGGACCUGA